AUGAAUAAAUUUUUUCUGUUUUUACAUUUUAUUUUAGGCUUAUUUAAUUCUAAUAAGAUAUUUUAUGACACAUUUCUUAAUAUCUCUGAAAAUGGCAAUAUAACAUAUUAUAAUUUGAUAAGACGUUUAUCUGAAACCUAUUCAAAUAUUGAUGAGACAACUGACAAAAUGUUACAAACAUAUAUGAAGAAUCAUAUAAAUAAUGAAAAUGAUAAUGAUAUAGAUACAAUAUCUAAUUAUGAUAUAAAGGAUAAAAAAAAUGAUUAUUUUUAUUUAUUAAAACAAGAAAUAAACGAUGCAAAGAAUCAUUACACUGAGCAUGUUAGUUCUUUGAAUAAUGGAUCACAUAGAAAUUCUAUUCAGACACUGAGAGGUAAAUUGGAAUUUUAUGAUAAUUUAUUUAUAGACAAAAUGUUAGAUUUAAGGAUUCAGAAGAAGCAUUCACCAUUGUUAUAUUUAUUAUUACUUACAUUGUUUGAUUUGUAUUAUUUAUAUCACCCCUUCAAAUUAAUAAUACCUGUAUAUUUUCUUAAAAGACUUUCAUUUCUGCGUAAGGUUGACGAGGAUCUAAAUAUACAAAAAUGUUGGUGGCUUUAA